AGUGUCGGGCUUUCGUGGCCACUCGCGCUCCUAAUGCAUGCAUGCACCGGCCUGGUCGAGGUGCCUAUUGAGUGUCUCAACUCAGACCAUUUUGAUAGUUUCUAUUUACUCAUACAAAUGGCUCUGUCAGCGCAGCAGACUCGCCAGGUGGCCUCGGCUCGUUCCUCGCGCAAGGCCUUCGCGCCUGCUCGCAUCUCUCGCACCCGUGCUGCCGUGGUCGUGCGCGCGGAGGCCCAGAAUGCGGAUGCCCUGACUCGUCGCGCGGUGCUGAGCGCUGGCCUGGCCACCGCUGCCGCGGUGUCGAUGCCGAUCUCGUUCCCUGCGCCUGCUCAGGCGAACCAGCUGCUGUCGACUGAGUGGGAGCUGGUGAACCUGCCGGUCUCCCAGGGCACUGUGCUGCUGGAUAUCGGUUUCACGGAUGACAAGCACGGCUUCCUGCUGGGCACGCGCCAGACGCUGCUGGAGACCAACGAUGGCGGCAAGACGUGGGCGCCGCGCUCCAUUGACGCGGCCCGCGAUGAGGGCUUCAACUACCGCUUCAACUCCAUCUCCUUCGCCGGCAAGGAGGGCUGGAUUGUGGGCAAGCCCGCCAUCCUGCUGCACACCAGCGACGGCGGCGCCAACUGGGAGCGCAUCCCCCUGAGCUCCAAGCUGCCCGGUGCCCCCGUGCGCAUUACCGGUCUGGCUGGCAAGCCCGGCCAGGCUGAGAUGAUCACCGACCAGGGCGCCAUCUACGUGACCGACAACACCGCCUACACCUGGACGGCGGCGGUGCAGGAGACCGUGGACGCCACGCUGAACCGCACCGUGUCCAGCGGCAUUAGCGGCGCCUCCUACUACGAGGGCUCCUUCUCCAACCUGGCCCGCAGCAGCUCGGGCGACUACGUGGCCGUCUCCUCCCGCGGCAACUUCUACAUGACCUGGUCGCCCGGCCAGACCUACUGGAUGCCCCACAACCGCCCCGCGCCCCGCCGCCUCCAAAACAUGGGCUUCACCCCCGCCGGCGAGGUGUGGGUGACCACCCGUGGUGGUGACGUGCUGGUGUCCGAGGACGCCGGCCUUGCCAGCGAGAAGUUCAAGGACGUGACCAUCAACUCGCGCGGCUUUGGAAUCCUGGACGUCGGCUUCCGUGACGACAAGGUGGCGUUCGCAUGCGGCGGCUCGGGCUCGCUGUACCGCUCUGAGGAUGGCGGCAAGAACUGGAAGCGCGACCGCUCCACCGACGACGUGGCCGGCAACCUGUACGCCAUCAAGUUCUUCAACCCCCAGCUGGGCUUCGUGCUGGGCAACGACGGCAUCCUGCUGCGCUACACCGGCGUGUCGGCGUAAAGAGCACAGGGCAGUGAUGUUUGGCGUGGUGUUGCGGCGGGCUGGCGUAAGGGUUGGUAUCGUACAGGGUGAUGGUGGUGACAGCUGGGGAUGCGGUAGUGAUGAAACUUAGCGAUGUAUGGCCAGCUACCGCUCCAGUAGGGUUGUACAGGCCAUGAGGCUGGUGCAGGACUGGACGACGGACGUGGGGUCUUCUUGUGUGUUGUUCUUCAAUGAUGUGCGUGGUGACCGGGUAGUGAGGCGUGGAGCAGGCGGCGACAACUGACAUUCGGGCGGUGAGCAACAGGAGUGCUAGUGCAGGGUAGGGGUAGAUACGUUGAUCAAGAGCAUUUGAGAGAGCGCCCGACUGAGCGCGUCUUGGUAUGGCCCGUGGGGGCUUGACUAUCCCACCAGUUUUGUUAGCAGGACAAGAAUCCCGCGCUGAGGAAGAGCGGGCACGGUUGAAACAUCUGACAGGCAUUUUGGCUUCAACUGUAACCUAUACACACG